AUGGCACAUCAAUUCAUUAUUAUGAUUAUUAAAUCAUUUCCAUCCAUGUAUUGGAGUUCAAAUAAUUUAUCAGCUCUAUUAGAAAUACAAUCUGCUUUAUAUCAAGGUAAUGAUAAUGGUAAAACUACUUUUAUUAUUUCUGUUAAAAUUAAAAAGAAUUUUAAUAUGAAUAAUUUGAAUAAUAUGAAUAAGACUAGUCUAUCUAGUAUUACUAAUAAUAAUAAUACUAAUAAUAUGAAUAAUAAUAAUAUGAAUAAUAAUGAAAUGAUUGAAGAAGAAGAAUAUGAAGAAUAUUAUUUACCUGAAAAUUAUAGUGAUAGAUGUAAAUUAUUUGAAUCAUUUAAUAGAUUUACAUUAUCAUGGAUUAGUAAAUCAAUGACAGUUGCACCUAAUGUAACACAAACAGCACUUCAACAUUAUUUAAUUAAAUUCCAACAAUCAGAUGUUUCAUCAUUAAGACAUUUUGGUUAUACAUUUGCUGUUUAUUUAUCAACACCUAUUGAACAUUUACAAGCAGUUGGAAGUAAUAUUUUAUUAAAAAGUGAUAAGAGAGGUUUUUCAAUUCUAUCACAAGAUCAAGUUUCAUUAACUCAAUCCAUUUCUGUAAUGUCUUUUAGUUCUGGUCAAGCUAAUUCUUUAAAAUUAAUGUUAGGUAAACGUUCUGCUGAAUCAAUGAUUAUUAAUCAAUUAUCUAAUUUAAUGAAAUUAUAUAAUAAUAAUAAUAUGAAUAAUAAUAUGAAUAAUACUACUAAUAUGAAUGGUAAUGGUAAUAAUGUAAAUGUUAAAUUUUAUGAACAAUUAUCAGAUACAAUGAAAUUAGCAACAGCAUUUGUAUUAAUAUGGUUACCUGUUUAUAUAUUUACAAAAGAAUCAAUGGAUAUUGCUAUUUAUUGUUGGAAUUGGAUUGCAUCUGUUAAAUCUAAUGAUUUUAAUAUUCCAUUAUUAUCUGAAAUUUCAAAUGCAUGGCAAUUUACUAUUCAAAAAGGAUAUGGUUUAUUUAGUGGUCAUCAUGAAAAAGAUGAAGCUGUUGAAUUAGCUGUUCAAUCUAAUAAUCAAUCAAAUACUACUACUAAUACUAUAAUCAAACCAAUCAAUUCAAUCAAACCAAUCAAACAUUUAAUAAUGUAUCAGAAUUUAAAAUAUAUUUAA